AUGCGGAUUCCUUUUUUUGCCACAGUCGUGCGUGCCGCAGCCUUGCUCCUCUUCGACAGCAGGUAUCCGUCGCAGCACAUCGAGAAGGCUUUACGAGACAUGUUCGGUUCUGGCAGAAGCAUCGCCGACUACUCGGCGGCCGACACGAUGGGUGCCAUGGUUGGCAUGACAGUUGCUACCGUGCAAGACGCAAGCGCCUGCAUCUUCACCAGCUACAACGGAGUGGGCCAGCGUGCCGGCGAUCGCGGUAGCCUCCCCGCCUCCGUCCCUUUCUUCGUCCCCGUCUCCAUCAAGGCCAAUCGAAGCCCGCGAGCCGAUGCUAACGGACUGUAUAGAUUAUGAACUCUUGAAGACAACCGCCGAUGGGGGUCGCGUGGCUUUGUGGGAGAUUGUCCGAUGUGCAACCGCUGCUCCGUACUAUUUCACGCCUUGGUCUAUUGACGGCCUCGGCACCUUCCAGGACGGCGGCUUAGUGGCCAACAACCCGUCCUCGAUCGCGCUGCAAGAGGUGGCCUCCCUUUUCCCUGAAGCGCCACACCCAAGCCUUCUGGCCUCGAUGGGCACUGGCUCCUCCUCGAGCUCGUCCGGCGGCGGGUGGUGGGACUGCUUCCUCUUCCGCCUGGCGCGGGCGUUCCGGAACCGCGACAAGAACGCCUGGCAGCAGGUCGUCGCACAGAAGAAGGUGGGUCGAUCCGGUGAGUUCUUCCGCUUCGAUGUCGAGUUCGACGGCUCCGAGCCGCCAUUGGACAGCCUGUCCAGCUUCGACGACGAAGAAGACGAUGGGUGCACCUUUGAAGGCCUCCCCGCCCUGAGACGUCUGGUGUUGUGCGUGAGGGCAGAGCUGUUCGUCUUUGAGCUGCGUGCUUCGCGGCCGUACCUGUUCUCCGAUGGGGGGUACGACUGCCGCGGGCAGAUAUGUUGCCGGCUGCGCGCUCGCUCCGAGAGCCUGACGGCGUUGAUGCGGCAGCUCGCGAGCGGCAAGGCGUAUUUUCGCGUCGGCGGCCAUAAAGUAGCUUGUGAUUUUGCGUCAUACCCGGCAGCCUUCCCAGAUGGUCAUUUCCGUCUGGACGUGAAGUUUCGCGUGGCCAGUCUGCAGGAGUCGUUCGCCGUUCGCCUAUGGGAGACCGCCGACGAGGGUCGCGACAUCAGCGGCUCGCCGUUUACCGUGCAGCGGCUGGUGCGGAGCCAAAAGCUCGAGCAGUGCUUCGGCACCUCUGAUCAUCGUAAGAAACGGCGACGGGACGACGACGACGACGAAGAAGACGAGGGUGCAAGCCGUAAGCAGCCGAGAUUAAAGCGGUAGGGUGUGCGUUUGGUAGAGAAGGAAAGGACGUAUGACGGACGGUUCCUCUGAAUUGGUAUGCGUAGCGUAGCUAAGAAGAAUGAUUUUUGGGCUGAGGCUUAUCUUAAAACGCAGCAUCACUGCAGGCGGAUCCAUGCCGCUCGCUGCGCUUCGCCUGUGCAGUGCGAACAUGGUACUCUGUCACACUAUUCUAUUUUAUUCAACAUGCUCUUUCCUGAUAUUGGCUGGCACGUUGAUCCUUUGCUCAGCCAUUCAAGCAAUGUAGCCAUUGACUUUGGGCCAAUUACAUGAAUGCCCUAUGAGUAAUCGUG